AUGGUACUUAACAUCAAUAACAGUGACAUUUCCAGGGAUGAUGAAGUGGUUCUUCAGAGCACGGCCACCAUACACAAAGAACAACAGAAACUCUGCUUGGCAGCAGAAGGAUUUGGCAACAGACUUUGUUUCCUGGAGUCUACGUCCAAUUCCAAGAAUGUACCCCCUGAUCUGUCAAUCUGCACCUUUGUGCUGGAGCAGUCUCUGUCCAUCCGGGCCCUGCAGGAGAUGCUGGCCAACACCAUGGAGAAGUCCGAAGGGCAAGUUGAUGUGGAAAAAUGGAAAUUUAUGAUGAAGACUGCUCAAGGAGGUGGACAUAGAACACUCCUCUAUGGACAUGCAAUUUUGCUGCGCCAUUCCUACAGUGGCAUGUAUCUAUGCUGCCUGUCCACCUCCCGCUCAUCAACUGAUAAACUGGCCUUUGAUGUUGGCUUGCAAGAGGACACAACGGGUGAGGCAUGCUGGUGGACCAUACACCCUGCCUCCAAGCAGCGCUCAGAAGGAGAGAAGGUCCGAGUGGGAGAUGACCUCAUUCUGGUUAGCGUGUCCUCUGAAAGGUACUUGCACCUGUCCUACGGCAGUGGCAGCCUGCAUGUAGAUGCAGCCUUCCAGCAGACCCUAUGGAGCGUGGCCCCCAUCAGCUCAGGGAGUGAGACUGCCCAAGGGUAUCUGAUCGGUGGGGAUGUUCUCCGGCUGCUGCAUGGCCACAUGGAUGAAUGCCUCACUGUGCCUGCCGGCGACCAUGGGGACGAGCAGCGGAGAAAUGUUCUUUAUGAAGGUGGUGCUGUAUCUGUUCACGCGCGCUCCCUUUGGAGACUAGAGACACUGAGAGUUGCAUGGAGUGGAAGCCAUAUAAGAUGGGGCCAGCCCUUCCGACUCCGCCACGUGACAACAGGAAAAUACCUGAGUCUCAUGGAAGACAAAAACCUUUUACUCAUGGACAAAGAAAAAGCUGAUAUAAAAUCAACAGCAUUUACCUUCCGGUCUUCCAAGGAAAAAUUAGAUGUAGGAGUAAGGAAAGAAGUUGAUGGCAUGGGUACAUCUGAAAUAAAGUAUGGUGACUCAGUAUGCUAUAUACAACAUGUGGAUUCAGGCCUGUGGCUGACCUACCAGUCUGUGGACAUGAAAUCAGUCAGGAUGGGGUCUAUACAACGAAAGGCUAUUAUGCACCAUGAGGGCCACAUGGAUGAUGGCUUAAACUUAUCUCGGUCUCAGCAUGAAGAAUCUCGCACUGCCCGAGUCAUUCGAAGCACAGUCUUCCUUUUCAACAGAUUUAUAAGAGGCCUUGAUGUUCUCAGCAAAAAAGUGAAGACAACCCCCGUGGAUUUGCCCAUCGAGUCUGUCAGUCUCAGUCUCCAGGAUCUGAUCGGCUACUUCCACCCUCCAGAUGAGCACUUGGAGCACGAGGACAAGCAAAACCGGCUGCGGGCUCUUAAGAACCGCCAGAAUCUCUUCCAGGAAGAGGGGAUGAUCAGCCUCGUGCUGGAGUGCAUAGACCGGCUGCACGUGUAUAGCAGUGCCGCUCACUUUGCAGAUGUUGCCGGCAGGGAAGCUGGGGAGUCUUGGAAAUCCAUUCUGAAUUCUCUGUAUGAAUUGCUUGCUGCUCUAAUUAGAGGAAAUCGCAAAAACUGUGCUCAGUUCUCCAGCUCCCUGGACUGGCUGAUCAGCAGGCUGGAGAGACUAGAUGCUUCCUCCGGCAUUCUUGAAGUUUUACACUGUGUGUUAGUGGAGAGUCCAGAAGCUCUAAAUAUUAUCAAAGAAGGACAUAUUAAAUCUAUAAUUUCACUCUUGGACAAACAUGGAAGGAAUCACAAGGUUCUAGACGUCUUGUGUUCCCUCUGUGUUUGCCAUGGAGUUGCAGUCCGUUCUAACCAGCAUCUCAUUUGUGACAAUCUUCUACCUGGAAGAGAUCUGUUACUGCAAACUCGUCUUGUGAAUCAUGUCAGCAGCAUGAGGCCCAAUAUUUUUCUGGGCGUCAGUGAAGGGUCUGCUCAAUAUAAGAAAUGGUACUAUGAAUUGAUGGUGGAUCACACGGAGCCAUUUGUGACCGCUGAAGCGACACACCUGCGCGUUGGCUGGGCUUCCACAGAAGGGUACUCUCCUUACCCUGGUGGAGGUGAAGAGUGGGGUGGAAACGGUGUCGGAGAUGACUUAUUCUCCUAUGGUUUCGAUGGACUUCAUCUCUGGUCAGGCUGCAUUGCCCGGACUGUGAGCUCCCCAAACCAGCACCUGCUGAGGACGGAUGAUGUCAUUAGUUGCUGUCUCGAUCUCAGUGCUCCGAGUAUCUCCUUCCGCAUCAAUGGCCAGCCUGUUCAGGGAAUGUUUGAGAAUUUCAACAUCGAUGGCCUCUUCUUUCCAGUUGUUAGUUUCUCUGCAGGAAUAAAGGUACGCUUUCUACUUGGGGGGAGACAUGGAGAGUUUAAAUUCCUUCCUCCACCUGGCUAUGCACCUUGUUAUGAAGCUGUUCUGCCAAAAGAGAAGUUGAAAGUGGAACACAGCCGGGAGUACAAGCAAGAAAGAACAUACACACGGGACCUUCUGGGUCCCACCGUGUCCCUAACACAGGCUGCCUUCACGCCAAUUCCUGUGGACACCAGCCAGAUUGUGUUACCUCCUCACCUGGAGAGGAUACGAGAAAAACUUGCAGAGAAUAUCCACGAACUCUGGGUUGUGAAUAAGAUUGAACUUGGCUGGCAGUAUGGUCCGGUUAGAGAUGACAACAAGAGACAGCACCCCUGCCUGGUGGAGUUCUCCAAACUCCCAGAGCAAGAACGCAAUUACAACCUGCAGAUGUCCCUGGAGACCCUCAAGACUUUAUUGGCUUUGGGAUGCCACGUGGGCAUAUCGGAUGAACAUGCUGAUGAAAAAGUGAAGAAAAUGAAACUACCCAAGAACUACCAGCUGACCAGUGGAUACAAGCCUGCACCCAUGGACCUGAGCUUUGUAAAGCUCACCCCGUCCCAGGAAGCAAUGGUGGACAAGUUGGCUGAAAAUGCACAUAACGUGUGGGCUCGAGAUCGAAUCAGGCAGGGCUGGACUUACGGAAUCCAACAGGAUGUAAAGAACAGACGAAACCCCCGUCUUGUUCCCUAUGCCCUCCUAGAUGACCGAACCAAGAAAUCAAAUAAGGACAGUCUCCGUGAGGCUGUGCGGACCCUGCUGGGCUAUGGCUACAACCUAGAAGCUCCGGAUCAGGAUCAUGCUUCCAGAGCUGAGAUGUGCAGUGGCACAGGGGAACGGUUCCGGAUCUUCCGUGCUGAGAAGACUUACGCCGUAAAGGCAGGAAGAUGGUACUUCGAAUUUGAGGCUGUUACUGCUGGAGACAUGAGAGUUGGCUGGAGCAGGCCAGGGUGUCAGCCUGACCAAGAGCUUGGCUCAGAUGAACGUGCCUUUGCUUUUGAUGGCUUUAAGGCACAGCGGUGGCACCAGGGCAAUGAGCACUAUGGGCGCUCGUGGCAAGCAGGGGACGUGGUGGGCUGCAUGGUGGACAUGAAUGAGCACACCAUGAUGUUCACGCUCAACGGGGAAAUUCUCCUUGAUGACUCUGGCUCAGAAUUGGCUUUCAAGGACUUUGAGGUCGGUGAUGGAUUCAUACCUGUGUGCAGCCUAGGUGUGGCACAGGUGGGCAGAAUGAACUUUGGAAAAGAUGUCAGCACCUUGAAAUAUUUCACCAUCUGUGGCUUACAAGAGGGCUUUGAACCAUUUGCAGUGAAUACAAACAGGGACAUUACCAUGUGGCUGAGCAAGAGGCUUCCUCAGUUCCUCCAAGUGCCAUCCAACCAUGAGCAUAUUGAGGUGACCAGAAUAGACGGCACCAUUGAUAGUUGCCCAUGUUUGAAGGUGACCCAGAAGUCCUUCGGGUCCCAGAACAGCAGCACUGACAUGAUGUUUUACCGUCUGAGCAUGCCAAUCGAGUGUGCAGAGGUGUUCUCCAAGACUGCAGGGGGGCUCCCUGGCGCCAGCCUCUUUGGGCCCAAGAAUGAACUGGAAGAUUUUGAUGCAGAUUCCGACUUUGAGGUUCUAAUGAAGACAGCUCAUGGUCAUCUAGUGCCCGACCGGGUGGAAAAAGAGAAAGAGACUACAAAAUCGGAGUUUAACAACCACAAAGAUUAUGCUCAAGAAAAACCCUCUCGUCUGAAACAAAGAUUUUUGCUUAGAAGAACAAAGCCAGAUUACAGCACAAGCCAUUCUGCACGACUUACUGAAGAUGUGCUUGCCGAUGACCGGGAUGACUAUGACUACCUGAUGCAAACGUCUACGUAUUAUUACUCCGUGCGAAUCUUUCCUGGACAAGACCCUGCUAGUGUCUGGGUGGGAUGGAUCACAUCCGAUUUCCAUCAGUACCACACAGGCUUCGACCUGGACACAGUUCGUACAGUGACCGUUACUCUGGGGGAUGAGAAAGGAAAAGUUCAUGAAAGCAUCAAACGCAGCAACUGCUACAUGGUGUGUGCAGGUGAGAGUAUGAGCCCUGGGCAAGGACGCAACAACAACGGACUGGAGAUUGGCUGUGUGGUGGACGUGGCCAGUGGCUUGCUCACAUUCACUGCUAAUGGCAAGGAAUUGAGCACCUAUUACCAGGUGGAGCCAAGCACAAAACUAUUUCCUGCAGUGUUUGCACAAGCAACAAGUCCCAAUGUUUUCCAAUUUGAGUUAGGAAGAAUAAAGAAUGUAAUGCCUCUGUCAGCUGGGCUAUUCAAGAGUGAGCAUAAAAACCCUGUGCCACAGUGUCCUCCUCGUCUCCAUGUGCAGUUUUUAUCACAUGUCCUGUGGAGCCGAAUGCCAAACCAGUUUUUGAAGGUAGAUGUCUCUCGAAUCAGUGAACGUCAGGGCUGGCUUGUACAGUGUCUGGAUCCUCUGCAGUUCAUGUCCCUGCAUAUUCCAGAGGAGAACAGAUCUGUGGACAUACUGGAAUUGACAGAACAGGAGGAACUGCUGAAAUUCCAUUACCACACUCUCCGCCUGUACUCAGCAGUGUGCGCCCUGGGGAACCACCGGGUGGCCCACGCCCUGUGCAGCCACGUGGAUGAGCCCCAACUCCUCUAUGCCAUCGAGAACAAGUAUAUGCCAGGCUUGCUGCGUGCAGGCUAUUAUGAUCUCCUUAUCGACAUCCACCUUAGCUCGUAUGCCACGGCCAGGCUUAUGAUGAACAAUGAGUUUAUUGUUCCCAUGACGGAAGAGACCAAGAGCAUCACUCUCUUUCCUGAUGAAAAUAAAAAACAUGGUCUCCCUGGGAUUGGCCUAAGCACUUCCCUUAGGCCCCGGAUGCAAUUUUCCUCCCCUAGUUUUGUGAGCAUCAGUCAUGAAUGCUACCAGUACAGUCCAGAGUUCCCCCUAGACAUUCUGAAGACCAAAACCAUCCAGAUGUUAACGGAGGCAGUGAAAGAGAGCAGCCUUCAUGCCCGGGACCCAGUUGGGGGGACCACUGAGUUCCUCUUCGUACCUCUCAUCAAGCUGUUCUAUACCCUUCUUAUUAUGGGCAUCUUCCAGAAUGAGGACUUGAAGCACAUCCUGCAGUUGAUUGAGCCCAGCGUAUUUAAGGAGGCUGCAGCUCCGGAGGAGGAAGGUGCUGUGCUGGAGCAGGAGCUCAGCCCAGAGGACUGCAAGCUCGAAGGCGCUGGAGAAGAAGAUAGCAAAGGGGUCAAGAGGCCAAAGGAAGGCCUGCUCCAGAUGAAACUGCCAGAGCCAGUCAAAUUGCAGAUGUGUCUGCUGCUUCAGUACCUCUGUGACUGCCAGGUCCGCCACCGAAUAGAAGCCAUUGUAGCCUUUUCAGAUGACUUUGUAGCCAAACUUCAAGACAAUCAACGCUUCCGGUAUAAUGAAGUCAUGCAAGCUUUAAACAUGUCCGCUGCACUCACAGCCAGAAAAACCAAGGAAUUCAGAUCUCCACCUCAAGAGCAGAUCAAUAUGCUUCUCAAUUUUAAGGAUGACAAAAGUGAAUGUCCGUGUCCUGAAGAAAUCAGAGACCAACUCUUGGACUUUCAUGAAGAUCUAAUGGCACAUUGUGGAAUUGAGCUGGAUGAAGAUGGAUCUCUGAUUGGAAACAACGAUUUAACCAUUAGAGGGCGCCUGCUGUCCCUGGUAGAAAAGGUGACAUACCUGAAGAAGAAACAAGCAGAAAAACCAAUUGAGAGUGACUCCAAGAAGUCCUCCACACUUCAGCAGUUGAUUUCAGAGACCAUGGUCCGAUGGGCUCAGGAAUCUGUCAUCGAGGACCCUGAGUUGGUGAGAGCCAUGUUUGUGCUGCUCCAUCGACAGUAUGAUGGCAUUGGGGCCCUGGUCCGGGCACUGCCAAAGACCUACACCAUAAGUGGUGUCUCUGUGGAGGAUACCAUCAACCUGUUGGCAUCUCUUGGUCAAAUUCGCUCUUUGCUAAGUGUCAGGAUGGGCAAAGAAGAAGAGAAGCUUAUGAUUCGUGGCUUGGGGGAUAUCAUGAAUAAUAAAGUAUUUUACCAGCACCCUAACCUGAUGAGGGCCCUGGGGAUGCAUGAGACUGUAAUGGAAGUCAUGGUGAAUGUCCUUGGCGGUGGUGAAUCUAAGGAAAUCACCUUUCCCAAGAUGGUGGCCAACUGUUGCCGUUUUCUGUGUUAUUUCUGUCGUAUAAGUAGGCAGAAUCAAAAAGCUAUGUUUGAUCAUCUUAGUUAUUUACUGGAAAACAGCAGUGUUGGUCUUGCCUCUCCAGCUAUGAGGGGGUCUACACCGUUGGAUGUGGCUGCAGCCUCAGUGAUGGAUAACAAUGAACUUGCCUUAGCUUUGCGUGAGCCUGAUCUGGAGAAGGUAGUGCGCUAUUUAGCUGGUUGUGGAUUGCAGAGCUGCCAGAUGCUGGUCUCCAAAGGUUACCCAGACAUUGGGUGGAAUCCGGUUGAGGGAGAGCGCUAUCUUGACUUUCUCCGGUUUGCUGUCUUUUGCAAUGGGGAGAGCGUGGAAGAGAAUGCAAAUGUUGUGGUCAGGCUGCUCAUUCGGAGGCCUGAGUGCUUCGGCCCUGCCUUGCGAGGCGAAGGUGGAAAUGGUCUCCUGGCAGCCAUGGAAGAAGCAAUAAAAAUAGCUGAGGACCCUUCCAGAGAUGGCCCCUCACCCACAAGUGGAUCCAGUAAAACACUCGAUGCAGAAGAAGAGGAAGAUGACACCAUCCACAUGGGGAAUGCAAUCAUGACCUUUUAUGCAGCUUUGAUUGACCUGUUGGGACGCUGUGCUCCUGAGAUGCAUUUGAUUCAUGCUGGUAAGGGAGAAGCCAUUAGGAUCCGGUCUAUUUUGAGAUCCUUAAUUCCACUGGGAGAUUUGGUGGGCGUCAUCAGCAUUGCUUUUCAAAUGCCCACAAUAGCCAAAGAUGGGAAUGUAGUGGAGCCUGACAUGUCGGCAGGGUUUUGCCCAGAUCACAAGGCAGCCAUGGUUUUGUUCCUUGACAGGGUCUAUGGAAUUGAGGUUCAAGAUUUCCUCCUCCAUCUACUUGAGGUUGGCUUUCUGCCAGAUCUCCGAGCUGCUGCCUCUUUAGAUACGGCUGCCUUGAGUGCUACAGACAUGGCCUUAGCCCUCAAUCGGUACCUGUGCACAGCCGUGCUUCCUUUGCUAACAAGAUGUGCUCCCCUUUUCGCUGGCACGGAGCACCAUGCUUCCCUCAUUGACUCCUUGCUUCACACUGUCUACAGACUCUCCAAGGGCUGCUCUCUUACCAAAGCUCAACGAGACUCCAUCGAAGUGUGCCUACUUUCCAUUUGUGGCCAGUUGAGGCCUUCCAUGAUGCAACACUUACUUAGAAGAUUUGUGUUUGAUGUCCCGUUACUAAAUGAACAUGCAAAGAUGCCACUGAAGUUGCUGACAAAUCAUUUUGAAAGAUGCUGGAAAUAUUACUGCCUGCCAGGAGGGUGGGGAAGCUUUGGUGCUGCCUCAGAAGAAGAACUUCAUUUAUCACGAAAAUUGUUCUGGGGCAUUUUUGAUGCCCUGUCUCAAAAGAAAUAUGAACAAGAACUUUUCAAACUGGCUCUGCCUUGCCUAAGUGCAGUUGCGGGAGCUUUGCCCCCAGACUACAUGGAGUCAAAUUAUGUCAGUAUGAUGGAAAAACAGUCAUCAAUGGAUUCUGAAGGGAACUUUAACCCACAACCUGUUGAUACCUCAAAUAUUACAAUCCCUGAAAAAUUGGAAUACUUCAUUAACAAAUAUGCAGAACAUUCCCAUGACAAAUGGUCAAUGGACAAGUUGGCAAGUGGAUGGAUUUAUGGAGAAGUAUAUUCAGAUUCUUCUAAGAUUCAACCACUAAUGAAACCAUAUAAACUAUUAUCUGAAAAGGAAAAAGAAAUUUAUCGCUGGCCAAUCAAAGAAUCUUUAAAGACUAUGCUGGCCUGGGGCUGGAGAAUUGAGAGGACACGGGAAGGGGACAGCAUGGCUCUUUAUAACCGAACACGUCGCAUUUCCCAGACGAGCCAGGUGUCUGUAGAUGCUGCCCAUGGAUAUAGUCCCCGAGCCAUCGACAUGAGCAAUGUGACACUCUCCAGAGAGCUCCAUGCUAUGGCAGAAAUGAUGGCGGAGAACUACCAUAAUAUAUGGGCCAAGAAGAAGAAACUGGAGCUGGAAUCCAAAGGAGGUGGAAACCAUCCCCUUCUGGUGCCCUAUGAUACACUGACAGCAAAAGAAAAAGCCAAGGACAGGGAAAAAGCCCAGGAUAUUCUCAAGUUCUUACAGAUCAAUGGAUAUGCUGUCUCCAGAGGAUUCAAAGACUUGGAACUGGACACACCCUCAAUUGAGAAACGCUUUGCCUAUAGUUUCCUCCAACAGCUCAUUCGCUAUGUGGAUGAAGCCCAUCAAUACAUCCUGGAGUUUGAUGGUGGCAGCAGGAGCAAAGGAGAGCAUUUCCCUUAUGAACAAGAAAUCAAGUUCUUUGCUAAAGUUGUGCUUCCUUUAAUUGAUCAGUAUUUCAAAAACCAUCGCUUGUACUUCUUAUCUGCAGCAAGCAGACCUCUCUGUUCUGGAGGACAUGCAUCAAACAAAGAGAAGGAAAUGGUGACGAGCCUGUUCUGCAAACUCGGAGUUCUUGUCAGGCAUAGGAUUUCACUGUUUGGAAAUGAUGCAACAUCAAUUGUCAACUGUCUUCAUAUUUUGGGACAGACUUUGGAUGCAAGGACUGUGAUGAAGACGGGGCUGGAGAGCGUCAAGAGCGCCCUCCGAGCGUUCCUGGACAAUGCGGCAGAGGACCUGGAGAGGACGAUGGAAAACCUCAAGCAGGGCCAGUUCACACACACCCGGAGCCAGCCCAAAGGGGUCACGCAGAUCAUCAAUUACACCACCGUGGCCCUGCUGCCCAUGCUUUCCUCAUUGUUCGAACAUAUUGGCCAGCAUCAGUUUGGUGAAGAUCUAAUAUUGGAAGAUGUGCAGGUCUCCUGUUACAGAAUUCUGACAAGUUUGUAUACAUUGGGAACAAGCAAGAGCAUCUAUGUGGAGAGGCAACGUUCUGCAUUAGGAGAGUGCCUGGCUGCCUUUGCUGGUGCCUUCCCAGUAGCAUUUUUGGAAACUCACCUGGACAAGCAUAAUGUUUAUUCCAUCUACAACACCAAGACCUCGAGAGAGAGAGCAGCGCUCAAUCUACCAGCUAAUGUAGAAGAUGUUUGUGCUAAUAUACCAUCUUUGGAAAAACUCAUGGAAGAGAUUGUAGAGUUGGCUGAAUCUGGCAUCCGCUAUACACAGAUGCCCCAUGUUAUGGAGGUCAUCCUGCCUAUGCUCUGCAGCUACAUGUCCCGCUGGUGGGAGCAUGGGCCUGAGAACAAUCUGGAAAAGACUGACAUGUGUUGCACAGCUAUGAACUCAGAGCACAUGAACACUCUUCUGGGAAAUAUACUGAAAAUUAUAUACAAUAACUUGGGAAUUGAUGAAGGGGCCUGGAUGAAGAGAUUAGCAGUGUUUUCCCAGCCUAUUAUAAAUAAAGUGAAACCUCAGCUCUUGAAAACUCACUUCUUACCAUUAAUGGAGAAACUGAAGAAAAAGGCAGCCAUGGUGGUAUCUGAGGAAGAUCAUCUGAAAGCAGAAGCCAGAGGAGAUAUGUCCGAGGCAGAACUCCUCAUUCUGGAUGAGUUCACCACACUGGCAAGAGAUCUCUAUGCCUUCUACCCUCUUCUAAUUCGAUUCGUGGAUUACAACAGGGCAAAGUGGCUGAAAGAGCCUAAUCCAGAAGCAGAGGAACUAUUCCGCAUGGUGGCUGAAGUGUUUAUCUACUGGUCAAAAUCUCAUAAUUUCAAAAGAGAAGAGCAGAAUUUCGUGGUGCAGAAUGAAAUCAACAAUAUGUCUUUCCUUAUUACUGAUACCAAGUCAAAGAUGUCAAAGGCAGCGGUGUCUGACCAGGAAAGGAAGAAAAUGAAGCGGAAAGGAGACCGAUACUCGAUGCAGACCUCACUCAUUGUGGCAGCUCUAAAGCGACUCCUGCCAAUUGGUCUGAACAUCUGUGCCCCUGGGGAUCAGGAGCUCAUUGCUCUGGCCAAGAACCGAUUUAGCCUGAAAGACACUGAGGAUGAAGUGCGAGACAUAAUCCGUAGUAAUAUUCAUUUACAAGGCAAGUUGGAGGAUCCUGCAAUUAGAUGGCAGAUGGCCCUUUAUAAAGAUUUACCAAACAGGACAGAAGAUACUUCAGAUCCUGAGAAAACAGUCGAAAGAGUGUUGGAUAUAGCAAAUGUCCUUUUUCAUCUUGAACAGAGAUCAACAUGUAUGGGCCAGAGAUAUUAUCAUCUGGGAAGUACAUUGUUUGUGGAGCAUCCACAGCGAUCUAAAAAGGCCGUAUGGCACAAACUACUCUCAAAGCAGAGGAAAAGGGCAGUGGUGGCCUGCUUCCGAAUGGCGCCCCUGUACAAUCUGCCACGGCACCGGGCUGUCAAUCUCUUUCUUCAGGGGUAUGAAAAGUCCUGGAUUGAAACAGAAGAGCAUUACUUUGAAGAUAAACUGAUAGAAGACUUAGCAAAACCUGGAACAGACCCUCCAGAAGAAGAUGAAGACACCAAGAGAGUUGAUCCCCUUCAUCAACUUAUUCUCCUGUUCAGCCGAACAGCUUUGACAGAGAAAUGCAAACUGGAGGAAGAUUUUUUAUAUAUGGCUUAUGCAGAUAUUAUGGCAAAGAGUUGUCAUGAUGAGGAAGAUGAUGAUGGUGAAGAAGAAGUGAAGAGCUUUGAAGUCACAGGAUCCCAGCGCAGCAAGGAGAAAGAAAUGGAGAAGCAAAAGCUUCUAUACCAGCAAGCCAGACUGCAUGAUCGAGGUGCCGCGGAGAUGGUGCUGCAGACUAUUAGUGCCAGCAAAGGUGAAACAGGACCAAUGGUAGCUGCUACUUUGAAACUUGGAAUUGCUAUCUUGAAUGGUGGCAACUCAACAGUACAGCAGAAAAUGCUAGACUACCUCAAGGAGAAGAAGGAUGUAGGCUUCUUUCAGAGUCUUGCGGGCCUGAUGCAGUCCUGCAGUGUUCUUGACCUAAAUGCAUUUGAGCGGCAGAACAAGGCUGAAGGACUUGGAAUGGUGACAGAGGAAGGAUCAGGGGAAAAGGUGCUUCAGGACGAUGAGUUCACCUGUGAUCUCUUCCGUUUCCUCCAGCUUCUGUGUGAGGGACACAAUUCAGAUUUCCAGAAUUAUCUGAGAACUCAAACUGGCAAUAAUACAACUGUCAAUAUAAUAAUUUCUACUGUGGACUACCUCCUGAGAGUUCAGGAAUCAAUUAGUGAUUUUUACUGGUAUUACUCUGGAAAAGAUGUUAUUGAUGAACAAGGGCAGCGGAAUUUCUCCAAAGCAAUUCAAGUGGCAAAACAAGUCUUCAACACUCUUACAGAGUAUAUUCAGGGUCCCUGCACUGGGAAUCAGCAGAGUUUGGCCCACAGCAGGCUCUGGGAUGCUGUGGUGGGUUUUCUUCACGUCUUUGCACACAUGCAGAUGAAGUUAUCUCAGGAUUCCAGUCAGAUUGAGCUAUUAAAAGAACUCAUGGAUCUGCAGAAGGAUAUGGUGGUCAUGUUGCUGUCCAUGUUGGAAGGUAAUGUUGUCAAUGGGACGAUUGGCAAACAGAUGGUUGAUAUGCUUGUGGAAUCAUCCAACAACGUAGAGAUGAUUCUCAAGUUUUUUGACAUGUUCUUAAAGCUAAAGGAUCUGACAUCUUCUGAUGCAUUCAAAGAGUAUGAUCCUGAUGGCAAGGGUAUCAUUUCCAAGAGGGACUUCCACAAAGCCAUGGAGAGCCACAAGCACUACACACAAUCAGAGACUGAGUUUCUUCUGUCUUGUGCGGAGACGGAUGAAACAGAGACCCUGGACUAUGAAGAGUUCGUGAAGCGGUUCCACGAACCUGCAAAGGACAUCAGCUUCAAUGUGGCUGUCCUCCUGACCAACCUCUCAGAGCACAUGCCCAAUGACACCCGGCUACAGACGUUCCUUGAGUUGGCAGAGAGCGUGCUCAAUUACUUCCAGCCCUUCCUGGGCCGCAUUGAGAUCAUGGGCAGUGCAAAGCGCAUCGAGAGGGUGUACUUCGAGAUCAGUGAAUCCAGCCGGACGCAGUGGGAAAAGCCCCAGGUCAAAGAAUCCAAGAGGCAGUUCAUAUUCGAUGUGGUCAAUGAAGGGGGAGAAAAAGAGAAAAUGGAGCUCUUUGUGAACUUCUGCGAGGACACCAUAUUCGAGAUGCAGCUGGCAGCUCAGAUAUCAGAGUCGGACUUGAGUGAGCGGUCCACCAACAAAGAAGAGAGUGAGAAGGAGAAGCCUGAGGAGCAGGAGCCCAGGAUGGGGUUCUUUUCCAUCCUAACAGUCAAGUCAGCCCUGCUUGCCCUCAGGUCGAACAUCUUGACCCUUAUGCGGAUGCUCAGCCUGAAGAGCCUGAAAAAACAGAUGAAGAAGAUGAAGAAGAUGACCGUGAGGGACUUGGUCAUGGCCUUUUUCUCAUCUUACUGGAGCAUCUUUUUGAGCCUCUUGCACUUUGUUGCCAGUGUCUUGAGGGGCUUCUUCCGCAUCAUCUGCAGCCUGCUGCUGGGAGGAAGCCUGGUGGAAGGUGCUAAGAAGAUCAAAGUUGCAGAACUCUUGGCUAACAUGCCGGACCCCACUCAGGAUGAGGUGAGGGGAGAUGGAGAGGAAGGAGAAAGGAAGCCUAUGGAGGUGUCCCUGCCUUCUGAAGACCUGACAGACUUGAAGGAGCUGACUGAGGAGAGCGACCUUCUCUCAGACAUCUUUGGCUUGGAUCUCAAGAGAGAGGGAGGACAGUACAAACUCAUUCCUCAUAACCCCAAUGCGGGCCUUAGCGACCUCAUGAGCAACCCCGCCCCCAUCCCUGAGGUGCAAGAAAAAUUGCAGGAACAGAAGGUAAAAGAAGAAAAGGAAGAGAAAGAAGCAGCCAAAUCUGAACAAGAAAAAGCUGAAGGAGAAGAUGGAGUAAAGGAAGAAAAGGUCAGAGACGACAAGACCAAACCAAAGCUGAGGCAGCUUCACACACACAGAUAUGGAGAGCCAGAAGUUCCUGAGUCAGCAUUCUGGAAGAAAAUCAUCGCUUACCAACAGAAACUUCUAAACUAUUUUGCUCGCAACUUCUACAACAUGAGAAUGUUAGCCUUGUUUGUUGCAUUUGCAAUCAACUUCAUUUUGCUCUUUUAUAAGGUCUCCACCUCUUCAGUGGUUGAGGGAAAGGAGCUGCCCUCUCGAAGUUCAAGUGAGAAUGCCAAAGUGAGCAGCCUGGACAGUGGAUCUGAAAGAAUCAUUGCUGUCCACUAUGUCCUGGAGGAGAGCAGCGGCUACAUGGAGCCCACACUCCGCAUUCUGGCCAUUCUCCACACGGUCAUUUCUUUCUUCUGCAUCAUUGGAUACUACUGCUUGAAAGUCCCAUUGGUUAUUUUUAAAAGAGAAAAAGAAGUAGCUCGGAAAUUAGAAUUUGAUGGGCUUUAUAUUACAGAACAACCUUCAGAAGAUGAUAUUAAAGGCCAGUGGGAUAGACUUGUAAUCAACACACAGUCAUUUCCCAACAACUACUGGGACAAAUUUGUUAAAAGAAAGGUAAUGGAUAAAUAUGGAGAGUUCUAUGGCAGAGAUAGAAUCAGCGAGCUGUUAGGCAUGGACAAAGCGGCUCUGGAUUUCAGUGAUGCCAGAGAGAAGAAGAAACCAAAGAAAGACAGUUCCUUGUCAGCUGUACUGAACUCUAUUGAUGUAAAGUAUCAGAUGUGGAAACUAGGAGUUGUUUUCACUGACAAUUCAUUCCUCUACUUAGCCUGGUAUAUGACCAUGUCUGUUCUUGGACACUACAACAACUUCUUUUUUGCUGCUCAUCUUCUUGACAUCGCUAUGGGAUUCAAGACAUUAAGAACCAUCUUGUCAUCUGUCACUCACAAUGGAAAACAGCUUGUCUUAACUGUUGGCUUAUUAGCUGUUGUGGUAUACCUGUACACAGUGGUGGCAUUCAAUUUUUUUCGAAAAUUCUACAAUAAGAGUGAAGAUGGAGAUACACCAGAUAUGAAAUGUGAUGAUAUGUUAACGUGCUACAUGUUUCACAUGUAUGUUGGGGUCCGUGCCGGUGGAGGCAUUGGCGAUGAGAUUGAAGACCCAGCGGGGGAUGAGUAUGAGAUCUAUCGCAUCAUCUUUGACAUUACCUUCUUCUUCUUCGUCAUCGUCAUUCUCUUGGCCAUCAUACAAGGUUUAAUUAUUGAUGCUUUUGGAGAACUGAGAGACCAACAAGAGCAAGUCAAGGAAGACAUGGAGACGAAAUGCUUUAUCUGUGGAAUAGGCAAUGACUACUUUGACACUGUUCCACAUGGCUUUGAAACCCACACUUUACAGGAACACAACUUGGCCAAUUACCUGUUUUUUCUGAUGUAUCUCAUAAACAAGGAUGAAACAGAGCACACAGGACAGGAAUCUUAUGUCUGGAAGAUGUAUCAAGAAAGGUGCUGGGAAUUCUUCCCUGCAGGAGAUUGCUUCAGGAAACAGUAUGAGGACCAACUAAACUAA